AUGCCACCAAAAAAGAAGGGAGAAGAGCCUAAACCACCCCCACUGAUCGGGAGAGUUGGUACAUCCCUGAAAGUGGGCAUUGUGGGAUUGCCAAAUGUUGGCAAGUCAACUUUCUUCAAUGUGCUGACAAAGAGUCAGGCAUCGGCCGAGAAUUUCCCCUUCUGUACUAUAGACCCAAAUGAGAGUAGGGUACCUGUACCUGAUGACAGAUGGCAAUGGUUGUGUGAGUUUCACAAGCCAGCAAGCAAAGUGCCAGCCUUCCUAUUGGUGACGGACAUAGCAGGGUUGGUCAGGGGCGCGCACGAAGGUCAAGGGUUAGGCAACGCCUUCCUGUCGCACAUCAAAGCAACGGACGCCAUCUUCCAUAUGACAAGGGCGUUUGAAGACGAGGACAUUGUUCACGUGGACGGAGACGUAAACCCCGUUCGCGACAUGGAAACCAUCUGGGAGGAACUCCGCAUGAAAGACCUGGAGUACCUCAAUACGCACGUCUCCAAACUGGAGAAAACCAGCAAACAAACCAAGAGCCUAAGGCCUGAGUAUGAAUGCUUACUAAAAGUUCAAACCCUCUUAACAGAGGAGAAGAAACCUGUCCGCUUUGUGGAAUGGAGUGCCCAGGAGAUUGAGAUCCUGAACAAACAUCUCCUCAUCACCUCCAAGCCGAUGAUCUAUCUGAUAAACUUAUCAGAGAAGGACUACAUCCGCAAGAAAAACAAGUGGCUUAUGAAGAUGAAGCAGUGGAUUGAUGAGAACGACAAGGGUGCGCGGGCGAUUCCGUUCAGCGCCGCUUUCGAGCUGAAAAUGCUGGAAAUGGAGACAGACGAAGAACGAGAAAAAUACGCAAAGGAAGUGGGAGCUACAAGUGUCCUGGACAAGAUCAUUGUGGAUGGAUUCAAGGCCCUCAACCUGGAGUAUUUCUUCACUUGUGGGCCUGAUGAGGUCAAGGCCUGGGUCGUCCAAAAGGGCACCAAGGCCCCCCAGGCGGCCGGCAGGAUCCAUAGCGACAUGGAGAAGGGGUUCAUCAUGGCGGAGGUCAUGAAGUUUGAUGAUUUCAAAGAGGAGGGGUCAGAAGCAGCAGUCAAGUCUGCAGGCAAAUACAGGCAACAGGGGAGGAAUUACGUUGUGGAGGAUGGUGACAUCAUUUUCUUCAAGUUCAACGCACCUACGCAAGGUGGCAAAAAGGCCAAGUAGGGACCCAACUUCAGAUGCUUGUCUUCCCCCAAAACAGCAAUGGUUUAGCCCAAACAUGCACCCCACACAAGCUCAAACCACUAAGUUGUAAAUAAAUGCUACUGAUUCUGGUUUUAAGUGUCAAAGGAAAAGAAAAUUGCACUACUUCACUCACCAAGACAGUAAAUGACUAAGACGUAAUGUACCGGUAAUAGCACCAAACCUAAAAGCUCCAAAAAAUCAUGUUUAGUACCAUUUGACAAAACAUUUUCUGUGUGAACAUUUUAAUUGAAACUUUCGAACAUGUGGUAUAUUUUCACGUUGCAGAUAAAAGAAAUUUUAAUACACCUGCCAUAAACUGCAAAGUAAAAUAAGCUCCAAGUAAAAUACAGAAGCAGAACCUCUGUUUUUGUUUUGUCCAGGACACACAAAAUGUUUCUACCUUUUUGCCUAUUAGCAAUGGUAUGAAAAAGCAACAUGGCGAAAAAUUGCUUCCAAUUGUUUGAAGUUAGAGUGCCAAGUGUGUUGCCCUAUGAGUGACUACUUUGCUCUAUGAUGUUUUGCAUAACCACCUUAGAAAAUUCAACUACAGAUAGUAGUUCUUGGAUACUUCAGUAAUUGUUUUAGACAUUUCAACUGUAAGAACAAUACACUUAUUUUGAAGGGAAACAAUACCUUGAAGUGGCUCGUUUUUGUACAAAUUUUCCUGGUUUUGAUUUCAUCCACUGCCUCCCUACAUUUUGUCGCAUGUGUGCCACCAAUAAACAGUGCUGAAACUUGUCA